CAUCGUCCCAAAUCUAUAUCUCGCAUUCUUAAGAUAACCAACAAAAAGAAUUUGGAGAGUACAUCAACACAAUAUUCCUAUUCAAAAUCCUCGACUGACGCAAGGCAUCAAUCAUCACCAACCUAUAAAAGUGUAACAGCCGAUCAUGCACUCAGAAAACGACGCAGGGUUCACAGUCCACUGCGACAGCUUGGAAUGGCUUCCUCUUGCCCUGCGUGUAUUUAUCAAGAUUGUCAAGCUAGUUCCAGAGACCGGAGAAUACACAAUCAUGGUCCGCGCCGAACCCGGCGGUCUCCUUCCCCGCCAUCGGCAUGUUGAAAGUGCGGAGAUUUAUGUUCUCAAAGGAAGCGGUGCUCACCCUCAAACCGGCGCCUUUGCUCAGGGGGAUUACGUUUCGGAAAGCAAGGGAGCCGUGCAUGAUCCUCUUCCGUUUGAGCAUGAAACGGAGCUUUUGAUGGUGAGCAGAGGACCGUCGGUGUUCUUGGCUAAUGAUGGGUCGGAUUUGUAUACGAUGGAUGUGGCGAUGUUGCAGGGUAUGGUAGAGAGAGCGAGAUAAGUUGGGGUAUUGGGGUUAGAUUUGAUACUCAGAAGGAUGUCAGCCUUUUGGUGUGAAACAUAUGAAUGUAU